GAUCCAAAAUUAUUUGGAAGCGCGGAUUGACCGAAAUCUUUUCCUUGCACCUUCUCCACCCAAAUGGUAAUUCACUUAGUUUUAAUGUCUUUCUAAAAUAGUAAUUAAAUAAUUAUUUAUAUUUACUUGGGGAACACAUUCUCUCUCUUUUAUCUCUAUGAAAUUAUAGAAAUUCCAUUUUGUGUGGGAAAUUCAAGUCAUUAAUAUAGUUGAAAAACAUGGUCCGAAUUUAAGCUUUUGGGUACUAUGGACAAAGAUAUGAACUUUCCAUUUUUUGAUAAGCUCUUUCCAUGUUCAUCUUUGUUGUUGGGUUUGAGCAUUUUAAUCUGGACAAAGAUUUCACCUUUGGGUUUGUAAUUUCAUCGCCAGCUGUAGCUGGGGGGAGGGAAGGUAAGGUUGUGAGCAUUAAUUUUCUCGAAGGAGUGUUUCUGAAUUGAAUUGUCAAAAGGGGUCUCUCUUUAUUGGGAAUUAUCACUUUCAGUAAGCUGGGAUUGGUGAAACCUAGCUAGAGAGGAGAGGCGGAGAACAAGGAUGUAUCUUUUUUAGAUACAUGUGUGUUUUGUUUUGUAUUGGACGUAUUUGUGAAAGGGUGAAAGGUUUUUUUUUUUUUUCUCAGUAUACUGAAGGGUUUUUGUGGGUUCCCUUUGUUUUGAGAUUUGUGUUUUGAAUGAUGGAGGAAGCUCAGGGCAAUUCUAGUUCCUUGCCUCCAUUCCUCAGUAAGACUUAUGACAUGGUGGAUGAUCCUUCCACCAAUUCCAUUGUUUCCUGGAGUGUCACCAAUAAGAGUUUCGUUGUUUGGAACCCACCAGAGUUUUCAAGGGAUUUGUUACCCAGAUUCUUUAAGCACAGUAACUUCUCCAGUUUUAUCAGGCAGCUCAACACUUAUGGGUUUAGAAAGAUUGAUCCUGAACUAUGGGAAUUUGCCAAUGAGGGUUUUGUGAGAGGUCAGCCACAUCUUUUGAAGAAUAUUCAUAGGCGCAAACCAGUUCAUAGCCAUUCUUUGCAGAAUAUUCAGGGUCAGGGAUCUUCUUCAAUGACUGAAUCAGAACGGCAGAGUUUCAAGGAUGAGAUAAAGAAGCUUAAAGAUGAAAAAGAUCAAGUACUUCGGGAGCUAGAGAGGCACGAACAGGAGUGGAAAAUGUAUGAGGUACAACUACAAUAUUCAAAUGAUCGAUUGGAACAGUUGGAAAAGAAGCAAGAAAAUUUGGUUUCUUCUGUUUCUGAAGUGCUGCAGAAACCUGGGAUUGCCUUAAAUCUCUUGCCUCUGACAGAAAAAGGGGAUAGAAAACGUAGGUUGCCAAGAAGUGGUAUCUUCAGUGACGAUGCUGGCAUUGAUGAUCAUAUGGAAACUUCCUCUGUAUUACCUGGGGUAAAUGCAGAGGGUGCCUCUAUUUUCGCCCCAAACAUGGAGCGAUUUGAUCUACUUGAGUCGUCCAUUAUGUUUUGGGAGAAUAUUGCACAUGAUGUUCAAAGUCAUGUGAACAUGGAUUUUGAUGAAACGACAAGUUGUGCAGAUAGUCCAGCUAUAUCUUCUGUGCAGCUGGAGGUUGAAGUUCAACCUAAGUCACCUGGAACCAACGUGAAUUCUGAGUCCGCUGUAGCUGCUGUUUCUGAUCUUGAUGCAUCAAAAGAACCACCUGUGGGAACAGUUUCUGUGGCUGCUGGUGUUAAUGAUAUAUUCUGGGAACGUUUCUUGACAGAGAAUCCUGGUUCUGAGAAUCAGGAAGUGCAUUCUGAAAGGAAAGAUUCUGAUGGCAGAAGUAAUGCCAAAUUUUGGUGGAACAUUAGGAAUGUGAAUAACCCUCCAGAACAGAUGGGGCAUUCUUAGUCAAGCAGAGCCAACUUAGUUGCAAUGAUUAUUCCUUCUAGCUUGAGAUGCCCUGCAAUUUCAUGUAAUAAAUGUAGGUAUGAAUGGUUGGCUCUACUAUGUAUACAUAUGUCAUUUUCUUGGUUAAAUGGUUGCAUCAUCUAUAGAAUUUUAUCAAUUAUUAUAAUGUUAGAUCAAGUCUCCUUUAGCUCUACCUUAUCAAAACCUGUGCUGAUGUGUGAUUAUGGUUUUUCCCUCUUGAUCUAUUUCUUUUUGUAACUUUUCCAUAUAAUAGAAACCAAUUUCAUUUACAUCUGUUACUAUCUGCUGCAGGGAGGUACCCAAUAUUAAAACUGCCAAAUAUUGAUGUUUAAAUGAGGUCUAUGAUGGGAUUUCUGUAAAUCUUUUAAGUACAUAGCUGCAUAUCCUGUUGAUAAAAAACAAAAACAUAGUUGCAUAUCCUAUAUCAUUAAGUGCCUCUAGUUUUUGUUUGGGAUUAAAGUCUGAAGUGUGGUAGUUCUUGUCCCUUGCUUUUGGCUAUGAUCAUGACUAUUUUUUUAGAUUAUUUAGGGUUAUGUUAUCUCAUUGUUAGGGUGAAAAAACUGCUGCUUAUGAAUUUAGGAGAUUUAAAUGAAACAGGUUUUAGAGUAUUACAUUUAUAACAGAUUAAUGCAAAUUGAUAUUUUUGUAUUGGAAACAAAAAAUACUGAGUACAGUUUUAGUAUCAUCAUUCAGUAACUUUCAAAAGUCUUCUGAUCAAUAAAUUUGAUGACAAUCUGACUAAUGCAGAAAGUAUUCAGAAAGAUAUUAUUGAAAAAUUAGAAUUUUUCUUAUUAGUGAAGACAAGAUGUAAUGAUUUAUGGUUGUGGUGUAUAUUUCUAGUUCUGUUUCCUAUAUUCAACUAUUUUCACAGGGUUUCACAUUUUUUUUCUAAUCUCACUACAUAGACAUAGUGCAAGACUCAUCAGUGACCACAUAUAUAAUA